GCAAAAUCUUUAGGUUAUAGGAUAAAAGUCAGACACUAACAUGUUCAAAAUAUACAUUUUGCAUUAUUAAUAAAAAACAGACUGGAUCAUGCUUCGUACGGCCCAGUUGAUCAACACUUACACAUUUUCAUCACAUUUAAACAUCAAAACACAUCUAUUCACCCUUUUUAGAUCGUCUAGAUGGAAGGUAAUGUUGCUGCUGAGUGAUAUUAAUGUAAUCUUUUAGCUUUAAUAGCCUGACUAUGGCUAAAAAAAGAACAGGACUUGCUGACUGUUGGUUAGCCCAUUGGGUCACUCAUCAACUUUUCAACAACAUUUUGACGUCCUUUGACAUGUUAAUGUAUACGUCCUAUGUCUGAAGCAAUUGUUCCACAUUUUUGGAGGAGUUUGAGGGGUUCUGAGGCUAAAACUUGAACACAAACAUGUUAAAGAGAUACAUUUUAAGUUAACAGGAAGAAGAAGGUGGCAAGAUUGGGUUAGCCCAUUUGAUAAACCCUAACUAAUUUUAACCACAUGUAGACAUCAGUAGGCAUCUUCUUGAAUAUGUGUUUUUGCCAUUCUCUAGUCUUCAGUUUCAUAGCCUGACUUUCAAUGUCUUUGUUUAGGCUAAAUUCGAGCAGGACAUACAGGUCAAAAAGUCUACUUUUUAAUGCAUAAUUUUGGGCUAAAUAAAGGGAAGGACCACCACAUCUGAAAUAGCCAUAAGAAAGGCAUACAGGACGUUUAGUGUUUGAAGUUUAUUGCGGAAUUGCUAGAGUUUCAUGGUAAAAGAUAGACACAAAUAUGAUCAGGAGACAUAUUUGUAUUACCAGUAAUGAGAAGAAUGUAUCUUGCUUUGAUUUACUAAAUUCUCUCAACCACAUUUAGACUACAACAAACAUCUUCAUGUAUAGAUAUUUUCACUUUUCAUUUUUCAGUCACAUAGUUUCAGUCUUUCUUUGGAGUAAAUAUGAUUGGCUGACCUGAAAUAGCCUAAAAAUAGAAUGGAUCCUUGGACAUUCGGUGUUUGUCUUAAAUUAAUAAUACAGUUUUUAGGUUUUGACGCUACAAUUCAGACACAACACAUCUCUGAAACAUACUUUGUAUAAUCAGCCACAAGAAGAAUGUGACAUGGUUUGGCUAGCCACAUUUAAUUGACCCUAACAACUUUUUAGUUAACAAGCAUUUAGACGGUCAGUAGACAUCUUUUCAACGCAUAAACCACAUUUUCACAUAAUGGAUUGAAGGCAAUGCUGUAUUUUCUGUGUCUCCUCAGUAAAAUUGUAUUCAGGUUUACCUUUAGUAUUUCUUUAGGGUAAAUUUGAAUGGCUGACCUGAAAUAGUCACACAAACAAACCUCCAUUGACAUCUAUUGUUUGGAGGCAUUUGUUGUGGAAUUUGUUCAUUUUGAAGGAUUGAAAUCAGAUGCAAAAAAGGUAAACACAAUAUAUAUUUAGUAUUAUUAAAAAUGCUUUUAUUUACACGAAAGAUGUAUUUUCUAUGUGUUUUGUUUUGUAAUACAAUUAAUAAUAAUAACAAUAAUAAUGAUUAUGUGAAAUUCCUGUAAAAUAUGUUUGUAAAAUUAAAAGAGAUCAAUAGAUGCAUCACAAUAUUGCUAGUGCCUAAUCGUGUAUCUUGUUUUUCCAUUUUAUCAAGCCUCUGGACAUUUGGAUUUAACAGAAAGUUUUAAAAAGUAAAUAAAUAAAAUGUUAGGCUGCCACUUUAAUAUCUUAAUGUUGUUUUUUACGUCUUUUAAUGUCAAACUUUGCCCAAUGAAGAAACGGGGAAAAGGCUCGACUGAAGGCCACACAUAGGCCCAUUCACGAUAUUAUUUGAUUUUCUUUUUUUUAUCUAUUAUGUUUUAUUUCAACCCUCAAACAAGCAGAGCUGUGUCUCCCUGUAAUAAUGGUACACAAAAAUAAAAUGGAAGUGUAGAACGUUCCAUAUAAACCCAGAAUAACAUGACACCCUAUCAAAUUAUUUAGAGUCCCGCUGUAUGAUAUGAGGUGGUCGACUCUGGGUGGUUCACACUGGAGGACUUAGACGAGCCACUGAACAGCAACGUGGUGGUACAUCCUAGUGGUGGCUCAGAGCAAUGGGCUGAACCCUUGCUUGGGGGUUGAUGCUCACACAUUCGCACACACACAGAGAGAGCGCACAGUCCCCUCCGCACACGCAGAGCCAUGCCCAGCAACAAGAGCGAGCGACGCUGCGAGCGGGCAGCCAGAAGUUAACUUCAAAGUUGGCUUCGCAUCUCGAAGGGGAAAGACGCGGUGACCGAAGUUUUUUCGUCUAGGAAACAAGCGCUUGCGGUGCGUUUUUGCCCACUUUCGCAGAGCGCACCGACGACAAGGACGCAACCGGGAGCUGAAACACGGCUGCAGGAGGAGCAAAGGAGCAGCUUCACAGCGAUCAGUAGACUGCAGAGGCUUCUUUCUUGUGGACAAUUAAGUUCAGGCUUCCAUCAAAGUUGUUCCUGAGUCAAGAACGUGUCGCUCUUUCGGAAGUCGCGCAUCAAAGUUUUAGGAGAACUGAUUUGUGCUACAACAGAAGAAGCAACACGGUGAUGGUUUAACAGCAGUUUCCAAACUAAAAUAUCCUCUUCAGCGCAAAGGUGCGCAUCAAGAGAAAACUUUAAAGAAAGAGACCACAGGUCAAGUCGCUUCCUUUGGGGAAUCAGGAGGAGGUGUGUGCUCAGCCUCGGUGCGAGCAAAAGAUAGAGAAAUUGCAAGACGUGAGCCAAGAUCGGGAGACAGGCUGUUCCAGAAGAGACUUUCAGAAGUUUUCAGCUCCAUCAAAGCUGAGCGAUGCGCAUCAGAAACACCGGAGAGGCAGUGAGCUAAGUAGGAGCCCUGCGCUCUUGUUUGGAGAGCUCCCUGUGAACGGGACAGAAGAGGAGAGAUUUGGUGUGUUGUGUUCUUGAGGGGGAGGAAAAAAACUAAUUGCUCAGUCCGUCCCUCAUUACCAUAUCCAAUGCGCGUCCGCUGGACCCCAGCCAAUCCUCCCCACCUUCACACGGUGCCAUUAAUCGUGAGGCAUUAUUCACUAUCAUAAUUAUUAUCCCGACAUGCGCAAUCCGACGCACAGCGACAGAGGCGACAGGAGCGGCAACACUGGCUAAUUUUCCCAGAUUGCAUCCCAUCUCACACACUUUCCAAGCGCCGCUGACUGCUUGUGAACUUUUUUUUUAUAUAAUUUAUUUUUUUAACGCUCUUCGCUGAUGCAUCUGCACAGCGCGGACACAUCAGCGUCAAGUCAGCGCAAACAGCACCGCGAGCACUCACGCCUGCAGCAGCAUGUCCCGACGCAAGCAAGCCAAGCCGCAGCACCUCAAGUCGGACGAGGAUCCCGCACUGACCGGGGUGAUCUCCGAGCACGCCCAAGGUGAUGUGCUGGAUGAUGCCGACAGCGGGAACGAGAGCCGCAGCGGCAGUGAGGAGACUCACGUGUGUGAAAAGUGUUGUGCUGAGUUCUUCAAGUGGUCUGAUUUCUGUGAACAUUUAAAGAGCUGCACCAAGAACCCCCUUGUGCUCAUAGUGAAUGACAAUGAGGACACACCUAACCCUUCCCAGGAGUACCCUUCAGAGCCCUCACCCAUCCCGAGUUGCAACAGUGAGCAAGACGACAGUGAGGAUGCCAGGGAAGGGCACCAGAGCCCUGCCGGUGAGGGAGAUGACAUCCCAGAGACAGAUCCCUUAAAUGGGGUCAGUGUCCUGGAAAAGGAGGAUGAGCAGAUGGAGCUGGAGCUUUCUCCUGUAAAAAAUAUGGAUCCUGAAGAGAGAGACAUGACAUCCCCCGAGCCAGAUGGCUCCCUACCUCAGCUAAAUGAUGUUGUCCCUUCGGCAAUUACAAGCUACACCAUGCCAAGCACCAAUGUUACCUUGGAGACCCUGCACGGUACUCGUGUUGCAGUUGCCCAGUUUUCGCAGAGUGUAAGGGCAGCAGCGGGCAGUGGGGUGUCCACCAUGGCUAUCCCUAUGAUCCUGGACCAACUUAUGGCUCUCCAGCAGCAACAGAUUCAUCAGCUGCAGCUUAUAGAACAAAUUCGAAGUCAAGUGGCCGUCAUGAACAGACAGUCUACGUCACAACCUGCUUUCAACCACCAUCACAGCAGUGCUGGAGGAAACCAAGGGUCUGUAUCUUCCUGUGUCCCUCCUGCUGCAAACCAGCUUCAUUUACAUAACUUCAUCACACCCCCUGUCCAUCAGCUACCUGUCAGGUUGCCUGCCACUCUUAGUGGUCAAGGCCCUUCACCUCUGACCUCAGCAAUCGAAGGGCCUCUCUCUCAAACACCACAGAGUAGUACUCAGCAGUCUAACUCCUCAGUCCCAAACACAUUGUCAAAUAAUUCAGUGUUUUCAGCACCAAGUGUUACUGGCUUGCCAGCUCUACAUCCCUCCUGCUCAUCCUCUGUCUCAAAUAACAUCAGUAGCACUAGUAGUAGCAUAGCAGGAGGAGGUGGAGGCGUCAGCAGCAGCUCAGCUCUUCCAAGGAACUCUACCACCCCUCCCUCACUAAGUCACAGCAGCCUCCUGAACUCUGCCUCCAGUCUACCACUGAUACCUCACAGUUCUUCAAGCAGCGUCAUCUUCCCGAAUCCACUGGCUAGCAUAGCAGCCACAGCCAAUGCACUUGACCCCCUUUCUGCUCUAAUGAAACACAGAAAAGGAAAGCCCCCUAAUGUGUCUGUGUUUGACACUAAGCCCAGUUCUGAGGACCCCUUCUUCAAGCAUAAAUGUCGUUUCUGUGCCAAGGUGUUUGGAAGCGACAGCGCCCUCCAGAUCCACCUGCGCUCCCACACUGGAGAGAGGCCUUACAAAUGCAACAUAUGUGGCAAUCGUUUCUCUACCAAGGGGAAUCUGAAGGUCCACUUCCAGAGGCACAAAGAAAAAUACCCACACAUUCAAAUGAACCCUUAUCCUGUACCAGAGUACCUGGACAAUGUGCCCACAAGUUCCGGUAUUCCAUAUGGCAUGUCGUUGCCUCCAGAAAAACCUGUUACCACAUGGCUCGACAGUAAACCGGUCCUCCCCACUGUCCCCACAUCGAUUGGACUCCAGCUGCCUCCAACGCUACCAAGUAUGAUUGGAGGUUUUUCUGAUUCUCCAAGCCUCACUCCACUUAAUAGGUCUCCUCAAAGGCCUUCGCCACCCUCAAGUGAGUGUGCAUCUUUGUCCCCGAAUAUUGCUACUGACUCGGGCAUGACAACUACUUCACCCUCUCCAAAACCUAGCAUUGGGAGUGAUGUACCUCCUCUCUUGAAACCUGAAGGCAUUCUUAUGUCCCCAAAUUGCCCUAUUAGGCCAGGAGAAAGCACGAUCACCACAACAGCAAGUCAAGCGGUUCUUCCCAGCACUGUCCCAUCCACAACAUUGUCAGGCAGUGGCCAAAUCAUUGAUCCUAUCAGUAGCCCCAACUCCACUUCCAAUUCAGUCUCCCAUCCCAUCCUUCCAAUGCUUUCCGACCAGUUUAAGGCAAAGUUUCCCUUUGGAGGACUCCUAGACUCUAUGCAAACCUCAGAGACAUCAAAGUUGCAGCAGCUUGUCGAAAACAUUGAUAAGAAGAUGACCGACCCCAACCAGUGUGUUAUUUGUCAUCGUGUUCUAAGCUGCCAGAGUGCUCUAAAGAUGCACUACCGUAUCCACACUGGCGAGAGACCUUUCAAAUGCAAGAUAUGUGGACGAGCAUUCACUACUAAAGGAAAUCUAAAGACACACUUUGGUGUUCAUAGGUCGAAACCACCACUUCGAGUUCAGCACUCCUGCCCUAUAUGUCAGAAAAAGUUUACCAAUGCUGUUGUGCUGCAACAACACAUCCGUAUGCACAUGGGAGGCCAGAUUCCCAACACCCCUGUUCCUGAAAAUCUGCAGGAGAUGGAAACUGAUGUGUCCUUUGAUGAAAAGGGCCUAGACGCAAUGAGUAACUAUGAUGACGACCUCCUUGAUGAAAUGGAGCAGGCUAUGGAUGAUGACGUGGAUUUAAAAGAUGGAGAAGUGGACCCUUCUAAACCUUACUCACCUGGGAGCUCGCCCCCAACUUCCAUCAUUUCUAGCAUUGCUGCAAUGGAAAACCAGAUGAAGAUGAUUGACUCAACUGCCAAUAUUUCUCGCACAUUUGGCCAGAAGACUGCACAGACUGGCAGCGGAUUUCCUGGGGAGACUGUCUGUUUUACAACUGAUUCCCUGACUGCUGUGGGGGAUGCUGAAGGUCAGAGCUUGGGAAGCCCCACAUUAUCAGAGUCCUCUGGCUCUAUGCAGCAUUUGUCCCCAGUUCACAGCCAUUCUGAGAGCCAGCGAUCCAAGUCCCCUGCUACACUUAAUAAUAAUAACAGCAGUAGUGCUCUGACAGCAGAGGAGGGCCAUGAGAACAAUACAGCGGGCUUGGCAACAGUGAAGUCAGAAAAAUCAGAGACCCCGUCUCCCCUUUCUGCUGCUGAAGGCACCGGGGCCCUUGACCUGACUGCCACUCAACCUGGCAGGCACUUCAUCAAGGAGGAGAGCCACUUCAACAUGUUGUUUCUGAACAGAGAUCGCGGACUAUGUACUCCUAAUUUAGCCAGUACAGCAACAAACAUGAUCAAAAUGGAAAUGAAUGGACAUGGCAAGUCUCUGAGCAACAACUCUCACCUGCCCGUGGGCAUUCAGGUUCCAGCUGCAGCCCCUCCAACAACCAUGAGCCCCAGCAUCAACCCUAUGCUGGCGCAGCCGCCUCCACGUCGCACUCCUAAGCAGCACAACUGCCACUCAUGUGGGAAGAACUUCUCCUCGGCCAGUGCGCUUCAGAUUCAUGAGCGCACACACACAGGAGAGAAACCUUUCGCCUGCUCCAUUUGUGGAAGAGCCUUCACCACAAAGGGCAAUCUGAAGGUUCACAUGGGAACACAUAUGUGGAACAACGCUCCCGCCCGUAGAGGCCGACGCCUGUCAGUGGAGAACCCGAUGGCCCUUUUGGGUGGGGAUGCCAUGAAGUUCAGCGAGAUGUUUCAGAAGGAUCUGGCAGCCCGGGCCAUGAAUGUCGACCCGGGCUUCUGGAACCAGUACGCGGCUGCCAUCACCAAUGGCCUAGCCAUGAAGAACAAUGAGAUUUCUGUGAUUCAGAAUGGAGGCAUCACCCAGCUGCCCAUCAGCCUCGGCGGGGCAGGAAUCACUUCAUUGGGAGCCAUGUCUGGAGGCAUGGACCGUGUUCACACAGGCAGAAGCUCUCCCAUCACGGGUAUGGAGAAGUCUGGUCUGGAGGUUUCAGCCAGUCGACCCUUUUCCAGAUAUAUGGAGGAGAACAAAGAGAUUGGGAUCAAUUAAAGACUUAUCUGUAUUGUAGCAGUUUGGCAAAGACUAAAGUAUGAUGAGGAAAUUACUGAGAAAAAAAAAACUGCUGAUCCAGUCUAAACUCAUCCAUACUUCUCUGUGUACAGAUUAAUUUUUUUGUUUGGUUUUGGAAUUAUGGUAUUUAGUAUUGAUUAGAGGCAUUUGCCUUUCACCAUUCUCUUCUCACUUGAUAUUUCGUCUAUACAAAGAAAACUUUGUCUCUUGUUUGAGAAUAUGUCGUCUUGCAAGAUAUGCAUGGUACUUAUUUGUUUUUAUUGGUAUGUUUGACUGCUUUUAUGAAUUAUUUUGGAAACCAGGAUCCUGCCUAAGUGAUAAUGGGCAAGCAUCUUUUAUGGACAGGGCAAACUCACAUAAAAACAGUUUUGUUUAAAGACAGUCUGGCUUUUGUCCAGCAGCCCUGUUAGCGGUUGCUCUUUUAAAUAUAAGGGCCAUGACCAGACUAAAGAAAAGACCGAAGUUUAGUGUUUUCGUGCUCGCUUGAUACAACCUUUUUUUUCUCAUGAACUAGAAAACUUGAAAAAAUAAUGUUUGAACUAUUUUAAUCUUUACAUUUAGUCUCUCAGCAUUGUCUUAUAAUGUGGUCCCGUGUCUUUAGUAUUUAUGAUAUUGACAAAAAAAGCGGGUAUUCAAAAAUAUAUUUAACAGCCCAAGCAUUUUAUUGAUUUGUUUUUUAUAAACAGCAGGCUUCACUGAUGAAUAUCUCUGGUAAUAAAUACAGUAUGUCAGUUAAGUUGACCAACAGAGAAAAAUUGUAGGUUUUAUUUGGAUAUCUGUUGACACUAUGUGUAUCUUUCCAUGUGAUAAGGAGGCAAGAGAUAUCCAAAGCUGCUAUGAACACAACCCUGCUUUUAACCUUUGUAAAAAAAAAGAAGGAAAAAAAGAGGCAAACCUUUUGAAGAAAUAUCUAUGUAUAGAAAUACAGACAAAUCUAAAACAGGUAUGCAUAUUUUGUAUCCCAUAAAAUAGACAUCAUGAGUUGAGAGUUAUUUGUCAUGUUUGUGAAUGCACUUUUUAAAAACAAGACGUUUUUGUCUGUGAGUUACCGUUAACCUUUUGACUGAGCUAUCUAUCACGUGCUGUUUUCAUUGUUUUCAGCAAACCACUGCUCCAGCUGACUGAGUCGGUUCUCUGUUAUUGCAUCUGUUGCAACUCGUCAGAGUGCAAACUCAUCGCCCAAUCAAAACCUCCCUCAAAUAAAAAAGGAAAACAGG